UUUUUUUCUUAAAAAAGAGUAAAUUAAUAAAGCUUUGACUUUUUAUUUAUUUAUCUCACGUCAAGUAAAUCAUGAAGGAAACCCUUAGCAAUGCCAAUUUCCCUCGUGACGGUGAAGGUCGCGUCUACCACAUUGGUGUCAAGACCGGCGACGUUGCAAACCGUAUCUUGACCGUGGGAGAUCAUGUCCGUGCCCGGGCUAUUGCCAAGGAACUCGACUCUGAAGAAGAAGCCGGCCACCCGACCUUUGUGAAGCAGAGCCAGCGUGGGUUUCUGACCAUCACCGGUCGCUACAAGGGAGUUCCGGUGUCCAUUAUGGCCAUUGGCAUGGGUAACUGUAUGAUGGACUUUUUUGUGCGCGAGACAAGAGCUGUGACUGUGGGACCUAUUGCGAUCAUUCGAUUCGGAUCAUGCGGUAGUCUGAACAAGGAUGCCCCACCCGGAGCAAUCGUUGUACCCCGGGCUGGUUACUGUAUCCGCCGCAACAUCGACUACUUUUGCGAAGAGCCACUUGAUCCCAAGGCCAAGGAGUCCCCUUACCUGAUCUCGGGUGUCUUUACGGCCGACAAGCAGAUGACCGAUCUGUUGGCCAGCUCGAUGAAGGACGCCAUUCAUCCUCUGGUUGAAGAAGGAGCUAGUGUCGGACCAGUCGUGGUCGGAGGUUUGAAUGCCGAUGGAUGUUCGUUCUACUCUGCUCAGGGACGCAUUGAUCCUACCUUCUGGGAUGACAACGAAGGUGUGAUUGCCGACGCUCAGGCUAAGCACCCCGAUACCGACUCGCUCGAGAUGGAGACCUCGAUGCUCUUCCAUCUGGCCGCCUGUGCGCGCGAUCCCGCCAGUCCCAUCCGUGCAGCUGGUUGCAUGCAGGUAUUCGCUGACCGCGUAAAUAAUGGAUUUAUUCAGCCCGAGGUGGUUGCUCUUCUUGAGCCAGUGGUCGGAAAGGCAGUUUUGGAAGCCUUGAUCCAGGUUGACUUGGAGCCAGUUGCCGAGCAAGGCACUGUCUGGGAACGUAAAGAGUAAUAUAUAUAUAUACACACUUACAUGCCAUACAUAUGUACAUACAUAUAUAAAAUAAAAUAUAAAUAUAUAAUAAAAUCUAUAU